CGCACAUUCACUCAACUCUCUGCGUAAACCAAAACGCAAAAUUUGAAUAUCCAAAAUGUCCGGACACAAUCACAACCUGCAGAAGCGCGCCACCAAGGCCGCUACCACCGUCAAGCCUGCCCGCAACUCCCCCAAGAUCCCCAAGGCCGCGAGCGGCAUUUCCAAGUCCGCCCGCGCCAAGAAGUACAUAUACGCCCUCAAGCCCACCACCAUGGCUCGGCUCGCGGACAUCGAGUUCGACGAGCACACCACGCUGGUGGAGGGUGCGCGUUUCUACCUCCAGCCUGGAGGUAGGAAGCGCGCCCCCAGCGGCGUGGUGGCCAUGGUGAUCACCGUGCCCGCUGGUGUCGAAGGCCAGUGGCCGGUGUGGAUGGACUUCAAGGAGGAGGUCUUGGGGGAGGCAGAGGAGAAGGAGGUGGAGCAGCAGCUCCAGCAACAGCCGGAAAACGAACAGCUGGAGGAGGAGCAGCAGGCGGAAGCAGAGGAAGAGGAGAGGCCAGCGGGCAACACCAGCCGCCUAAGUUGUAUCGUUAUGUAG